UUCUUGCGGGCUUUAUCUGAAGCUACUUAAAAAAAAAAAAAAAAAAGUUUGGGCACUUUUUACUUUUCAGAAUCUCAUUUUUUUAAUUAAUUUUAUAAUUGGUGAUUAAUCAGAUCCACCCGAUAAAAGCUGCAAUUUAAGUGGAGCUCGCCCACUGCCAUUUUAUACAAAAGAACUAUGUUUCAGAGACUUAUCUUCUUCUCGCAGAGGUAAGUUCGAGAUCUCUCAGCGAAGGAGCUACUUCUAGUUGACUAUCAAUCAACAUCAAGUGUGGAUUUGGAUUGGUUUGGUUGAUCUGGGUGGGUUGCUUUGUGAAUUAGAGGUAGUGGAUUUGUUUAGAAUUUUUGGGGAAUCUCUGUAGAGAAUUGAGUUUGAUGGGUGGUAAAAGUUCAAGGGAGGGAAGUUUGAGGGGGAAUUCGUCAUUACGUUCGAGUUCGAGUUCUUCCUCGUGGGGUGGGUAUUCUCAAUCGCCGUAUGGUCAAGACAGUCAGAUAUAUUCAACCCAGCAAUCUUUCUCGUCACCACAAUACGCUUAUCCCCCUCCGUCACCACAAUACGUUUAUCCCCCUCCGCAGGCUUAUCCCCCUCCACAGGAUUACGAUGUUGGUUAUGCUGCUCCUGAUGGUAGGAGGAGGUUGGACAGGAAGUAUUCAAGAAUCGCAGAUAACUACAAUUCCUUGGAUCAGGUAACUGAGGCUCUUUCACGUGCUGGCCUUGAGUCUUCGAAUCUUAUUGUUGGUAUUGAUUUUACAAAGAGUAACGAGUGGACAGGUUCAAGGUCAUUCAAUCGACGAAGCUUACAUCAUAUAGGAGAUGGUCUGAAUCCCUAUGAACAAGCAAUAACUAUCAUUGGGAAAACCUUAGCUGCAUUUGAUGAGGAUAACUUGAUUCCUUGUUUUGGUUUUGGGGAUGCAUCAACCCAUGAUCAAGAUGUCUUUAGUUUCUUUCCAGACGAGAGAUUUUGCAAUGGAUUUGAGGAAGUAUUGAGUCGGUACAGGGAGAUUGUUCCUCAUCUACGACUAGCAGGACCAACCUCAUUUGCACCAGUAAUCGAAAUGGCCAUGACCAUUGUUGAGCAGAGUGGUGGCCAAUACCAUGUUCUAGUGAUAAUUGCCGAUGGCCAGGUAACUAGAAGUGUGGAUACUGAGCGUGGCCAGCUAAGUCCACAGGAACAGAAGACUAUCGAUGCCAUUGUUGAAGCGAGCAACUUUCCACUGUCAAUAGUUCUAGUUGGUGUAGGAGAUGGACCCUGGGACAUGAUGAGGGAAUUUGAUGACAACAUCCCUGCUCGGGCAUUUGAUAAUUUCCAAUUUGUGAAUUUCACAGAAAUAAUGUUAAAGAAUGUGUCCCCGUCUCGGAAGGAGACUGAAUUUGCUCUUGCAGCGUUGAUGGAGAUUCCUGCUCAAUAUAAAGCCACAAUAGAGCUUAAUAUACUGGGUUCUCAGAAGGGAAAUUCUCCCCGGAGGGUUGCUCUUCCCCCCCCUAUAUAUGGCACAUCAUCAUCUUUCAGCAGUUCAAAGCCUUCUCGUUCUACUGGUUUUGAGCCAAGUGUGCCUUCUUAUCAAGUUAAUAGCAAACCUGUCGGCACAGCUCCGCCAGCUCCCAGUUCUACUUAUGAUAACCAGCUUUGCCCGAUCUGCCUUAGUAAUCCGAAGGACAUGGCCUUUGGUUGUGGACAUCAGACUUGUUGCGAAUGUGGACCUGACCUUGAAACCUGCCCAAUUUGUCGAAGCCCCAUUCAGACAAGAAUAAAGCUCUACUAAAGAAGUUUCUCAGCUUUCAUUCCCCCCUUUUAUUUUUAGCUGCUUCUACAUUCUUUCUUAUUCAUUAUUCAGAUUUGUCAAAAAUGGCUUUGAAUCAGCUGGAUUCAGCACCAUUUUUUUUGUGUUGUGGAUGUAAAAAAAAUGCGUAGCAGGUAAGAAUGGGAGAAAAUAUGUGAAAAAUGGCCCAAGUUAUCAGUUUCUAUGUACAUUAUUGUAAUUGGAUGUAUCUCGUCAUAUAAUAAUAUGAUACUGAUUUGAUGUUUGGUUA